AUGGGCGUGUCCAAUGCUGACUGGGGGAUUCCCGCGAGUAACAUGACUAAAAAGAAGCGGGAGAACGUGGGCGUCGCUCAGGAGAUGGAUGGGCUGGAGGAGAAGCUGUUGCAAUGUCGGAGGGACCUGGAGGCUGUGAACUCCAGGCUCGAUGGGAUGGAGCUGAGCCCAGAAGCCAGGAAGUCUCUGGAGAAGGAGAAAAACAGCCUGAUGAACAGAGCCUCCAACUAUGAGAAGGAGCUCAAGCUGCUUCGGCAGGAGAACCGGAAGAACAUGCUGCUCUCCGUGGCCAUCUUCAUCCUCCUAUUCCUCCUCUACGCCUACUGGCCUCUGUGA